ACUGUUUUUUAGUAUACAUGGAUUUAUUUUAAGUGACGGUUUGAAAACUUACAAAAUGGCAAAUGGACACAUGAAAUCCCAUCUAAAUCGAAGAUGUCAGAUUGAGAUUUUAAAGAAGUAAGAUUUCUUCACUGGAGCAAGUCGUGUCUUAUUUAAAAUUUGAGAUGCUCGGCAAUGUAUGGAGGACGAACACAACCGGACAACUUUAUGUCGCAAUGUCACCGUGAAAAAGGAAAUUUUUGAAUUUUGGAAUGGGAUUGAAUUCCACUUGGGGUAAAUUCGCCAUUUUUGGUAAAAUUUUGAGUGAUAUGAACAGUGAUCUACUGCGAUACAGACAGCAUCGUCUAUUGAUUGAAUUCAACACUUAGCAAGCCACUUUCUCAACAAUACGGCUAGCCAUAUAAAGACCAAGCUCCUCGGUCUUGACGAAAUCCCAAAAACCCUAGAUGAGGUUGUAAAACGGGCUGAAAAGAUCCAAAGAAUCGCGGAUAUGAGGAAAAAAGAAAAAGAUGACGAGGAAGACACCAGCAAACUUGUUGCCGGAAUCAACAGACUGAUGGACGAUGACAAGAAAAACGUCCCAACAACGAGAGCCAUGCCAUCAGCACCAACACCUCACCCAUCAUCAGCUCCAUCAACACCACCACCGCCACUAAAUAAGAAAUAAUCUUUUUUUUAUUUUAUUAUUAUCAGUUCGUUUAAUUUUUAUUGAUUUUUUAGUAAUCACCCCGGUUUUUUUAUUGUUUAGCACACCCACUCCCUACUUCCUUUUGUAAUUUUGGACCCCAACCCAACCAUCGCUUGUAUUUUUUUAAAAUUUUUUUUUCUCUGACUGGUUAGAGGCAGGAGCCUCUACUUCCACAGGAGGGGGGAUGCCAGAGGGUGAGAUUCAUUUAUUUUCAUUCAUCUCUCUUAGAUAAACAUAUUUUCUCAGUAUCCCUCUCUUCAUAUUCAGGAAAAGGUGCGAGACCAUAGAGG